GCCUUUUUAAAGGGGCAAGGUCAGCUGACGGCUUGCCAGCCGUGACCAGUUCGUGAACAGGGGUCGCGAGGAGCGAUGGUGGGCGCAGACCCGAGCAGACCCCGGGGACCGCUUAGCGGCUGGGCGAGCCAUCGGGAUCAGGGGCUUGCUGCGAUCUUCCUGCUCCUGGUGUCCGCGGCGGGAUCCGAGGCCAGGGCAGAGGAUGACUUCAGCCUGGUGCAGCCGCUGGUAACCAUGGAGCAGCUGCUGUGGGUGAGCGGGAAGCAGAUAGGCUCCGUAGACACUUUCCGCAUCCCGCUCAUCACAGCCACCCCUCGGGGCACGCUCCUGGCUUUCGCUGAGGCCAGGAAAAAGUCUGCAUCCGACGCGGGGGCUAAGUUCAUCGCCAUGAGGAGGUCCACGGACCAGGGUAGCACGUGGUCCUCUACAGCCUUCAUCGUAGACGACGGGGAAGUCUCGGAUGGGCUGAACCUGGGCGCUGUGGUGAACGAUGUAGACACAGGGGUGGUGUUCCUCAUCUAUACCCUCUGUGCUCACAAGGUCAAGUGCCAGGUGGCCUCUACCAUGUUGGUUUGGAGUAAGGACGAUGGCAUUUCCUGGAGCCCACCCCGGAAUCUCUCCGUGGAUAUCGGCACAGAGAUGUUUGCCCCAGGACCCGGCUCUGGCAUUCAGAAACAGCGGGAGCCCGGGAAGGGCCGGCUCAUCGUGUGUGGGCACGGGACGCUGGAGCGAGAUGGGGUCUUCUGUCUCCUCAGCGAUGACCACGGCGCCUCCUGGCACUACGGCACUGGAGUAAGCGGCAUUCCCUUCGGCCAGCCCAAACACGAUCACGAUUUCAACCCCGACGAGUGCCAGCCCUACGAGCUUCCAGACGGCUCGGUCAUCAUCAACGCCCGGAACCAGAACAACUACCACUGCCACUGCAGGAUCGUCCUCCGCAGCUAUGACGCCUGUGACACUCUCAGGCCCCGGGACGUGACCUUCGACCCUGAGCUCGUGGACCCCGUGGUCGCGGCAGGAGCGCUAGCCACCAGCUCCGGCAUUGUCUUCUUCUCCAAUCCAGCCCAUCCCGAGUUCCGAGUGAACCUGACCCUGCGCUGGAGCUUCAGCAACGGGACGUACUGGCAGAAGGAGAGGGUCCAGGUGUGGCCGGGACCCAGCGGCUACUCGUCCCUGACAGCCCUGGAAAACGGCACGGAUGGGAAGCAGCAGCCCCCACAGCUGUUCGUUCUGUACGAGAAAGGCCUGAACCAGUACACGGAGAGCAUCUCCAUGGUCAAAAUCAGCGUGUACGGCACGCUCUGAGCCCCGCGCAGGGACACCUGACUUCUGUCUGCAGAGGGUGCCUGAAACACAGCUCUUCCUCCGAACUCUGACCUCUUGCAACUUCUCAUCGACAGGGAAGUCACUCCGUUAUAACUUAACACCCAGCUUCCUCCCCCGGACAGGAAGUCCCUCCGUCUGUCACCAGGAGCACUAUUUUUCCCAGAAUGCUGGGGAUGGCCCCUGUCCAUUCUCUUCCAGGACCACGGAGCUGUUCCUUUCUGGGACAGGAUGGCAGAGGGGCUCCCCCUGGAGAGGUGAACAGAUAUGAACUCAGGGAACUGGGACUAGGAACUCCAGUGCCUAGGGUAUAUGGAGGCCAGUACUAGAUGUGAUUGCUGAAAGUCCCCAGGGCAGAGUGUCCUCAAGGAUGAGCACUCACACACACACACACACACACACACACACACGUGUGCACCUUUGAUUAUUUAUGAAUCGAAAUAUUUGUAACUUAAAAAUUUUAAUGCAGAAGAA